GUUUGCUUUGUUAGCCACUAUUUUUGGUCAACGCUCUUUGUGAUGUUAACUCGACUUCGAUCACAAUGUAUUUAAUAUAUUUUCGGACUCUGGUUAGGCGGUUUAAUUGUGGUUUUGGUCUGCUGCUGCUAUGUGUAAACUCUCGUUCUUCGCUUUCCUCCGUUUUCCAUUUCUCUUUUGUGCGCUUGUUCGGCGUACGCGGAAAUGUCCACUCGCUGUCUAUCGGCUAAUUUCACAAUCGGUGCUGCCUACUAUCGUAAACGCAAAACACAUUAAAAAUCUACUAAAUAAUUUUAAGUUCAAAAAUAUACAUUAACGCAGAAAAACCUGUCAUCUAUAGCUGACAUUCGUUCGAUAACCAGACGGCGUUGCGAUAGACAGUGGCAUAGGCUUGAGCGCGAAAGGCACCAAAAGUAAUUGUGCCUUAAUAUAUAUAUAUGUGAAAAAUUUUUUUGUUCAUAAAAUGUCCGGAAUGAGAAUGUCAACGUUCCUCAGGAAAUUCUUGAAAAACGAGGAGGAAUUGGUACUGAACGGUUGCGAUGAUUCCGAUGAUAAGGAAAUGCUUUUAUGGAUGUAUAAUAAAACGAGAAUAACCGAGGAGGAUCUGGCCCGAACGUAUAGUGAGGACGAAGUGAGGGAGCUGUGCCUGCGAACCAAAGUCCGGGUGAGAAUGAACUCCAUGAAUUGUUUGUAUGACGCCCAAAAGCGGUUUGCGAAAAAGAAACGCCUGGAAAAUCGCUCCCAAGGCUUCGUCAACGCCAUGCUUAAGAAGGCGGUGCGUCGCAGGAUGGUAGAACCUUAUUCGGAUGAGUAUGUGGCGAACCAAAUUGAAGUUAGGAGAGCGGAGACCAAGAAGGAGAACAACAGGCGGCUAGAUCGAUGGCAUCCCCACUCUUUGUUAAUUAGCUCAUCUUCGGAAGAUGAAGAAGGUGAACAACUUUAUGACUACGAUGAACAGCUGGAGGAGGAAUUGCAGCAAGAGGAGGAAUCGCAGCAAGAGGAGGAAUUGCAGCAAGAGGAGGAAUCGCAGCAAGAGGAGGAAUUGCAGCAAGAGGAGGAAUCGCAGCAAGAGGAGGAAUUGCAGCAAGAGGAGGAAUUGCAGCAAGAGGAGGAAUUGCAGCAAGAGGAGGAAUUGCAGCAAGAGGACGAAUUGCAGCAAGAGGAGGAAUUGCAGCCAGAGGAGGAAAGGGAGCAGCAGCAAGAGCAGCAACAACAACUUGAUGGCAUUGGUACCGAGGAGGAGGAUCAGCAGCAGGAGCAACAAAAACUACCUUUUAGAAUUGUGAACCAGCAGCAAGAAUCCCAAGUACAGGCUAUCAACCAAUGUCCAGAAACCCAGAUGCCGGAUAGCUGGAUGGCAGUUGGCUGUGAUGUCAACUCUGAAAGCAUGUCAAUAGGAGGAUAUGUUGGGAACACGCCAAACACGCAAAAUACGGAGCCGGACUACGAAGUGUUUGACACCCAAGUACCGGCCGCUUCUACACAGGGUAACGAGUGUUAGCCACCCUUUCGUCUGAGAUUGUAAAAUCGAAGUUUGCUUUUAUUGAGUUUUGUUAUCUUUCUAUGUGUCUAUGUGAAGGGUGUGUAAAAAAUGGGUUAAAAACAUUGAGUCCCUAAAAAAUUUAUAAAAUUAAUAAUAAAACCUUAACUACAAUACGAGGCUUGA